AUGAGUUCCGUCAAGAUCUACUACCCGCUGUUGGCGUGUGUGCUGGCAUGGUACUGCGUGACCGUCGCGUCGAGCCAAGACACGCCAGAUCCCACAUCAAGCGAUGGCAUCAACGGCACUUCCGUCGCUUGUCCUCGCAUACGAAAGGCAUGGGAUCGCCAAACGGACGUUGAAAAGGCAACGUACAUUCACGCGCUGCAACUCUCGAUGGACCAAGGGCUGUACUCAAAGUUCAUGUCCAUCCACCAAGACGCCGUGUCGAACCGUCAAGCCCACGGAACAUGCGUGUUUCUGUUUUGGCACCGACAGUUCCUCGUCGGAUUUGAAAACAUGCUGCGCAGCCUCGAUCCGCCGCGAACAUCGUGCCUGACUCUUCCGUAUUUCGAUUACGUACAGCACAACCUAGAUUACGUCAACCAGCGCUGCACCACUAUUGAAUCGUGCUCCCCCAUCCUCCGCGACUUGGGCGGGUCCACCCAAGCCAUUCGCAGCACUGCGAAUAUCGGAGGCUACACGUACCCCCAAUUUGCCUGUGUGAACGCCAGCGUGGCCUCCCAUUUCUGUGCGGAUUCACAACGGUCAUGCUCUGGAUGCAUCCCCCGCGGUCCUUGGCACUCCACGUUCUUUAAUCCAGACGUCAACUUCAAUCGCGUGAAACGAGCAGUCCUUCCCACGGGCAGUUCCAUUGCUGCAGUGACGUCGGCAAUCGAGUUCUCGGUGCACAACUCCGUGCACAGCAUGUUGUCGGGGGUGAUGGGAAACUUGUUCAUCUCUCCAGUCGAGCCUGUGUUUUACUCCCAUCACACGACCAUUGACUUGCUGCACACGAUCUACCACCGUUGUCGCGUGCAGCCGUUCGUGACUGGCCUCACCGAGUCCAGCGCCAGCGACCCCCGCGUGUUCCAAGGCUGUUCGAUCCCACAGACUCCGAACGGCGGGGUCACGCGCAACUCGUCCGUGUUCAUGCAAGAGUCUGGCCUUCGAAACAACUCGUUGAUGCGGUUCUUUGAUGGAUUGCCCACGACCUAUGGGGGACUUACAGAUUCGACGCAGCUGGGCCAACAUAGCUACUCGUACGACAUGGGGGGACUCGUGGGCGACUUGUACACCAAAUGUGACGCGGCGGGGCUGGGACUGCCUGAAGUGGAGGAGCGCCGUCGGUUGACUUCGGGGAUGCGACACGUGGUACGCCCUAUCGCGAGUGCGGAUGGAAACACGUUCUUGGGCUGGCGCCGCGCCGUGUUCAAACGAGCGCAGGCCCAACGCAUCGAAGACAGCGACCGCGAGAUGGAGAAGAUGAUGGUCAUGAUGUACGCGAACUGCCUCCCUGGAAACGUCACGGACUACUCGCCAGAGUUCAAGGCCAUGUGGGGCAUCGAAGGUGUCGUGGCGCCAUCCAAGCGGCUCUUGGACGCAAUUCAAGACGGCUCCGACACCAUCAAAAUAUCCAACUGGACUGGUUUGAACCAAAGGUACUUUGGCUGUGGUGGCGCCUUCCCCAACGACAAGUAGGCAGAGUAAACGCGUGAUAUUUCAGCGACGUUUUGCUUUCAUUUUGAGGUUACAGGCAGUAUGUUCUACAUGGCUACGACGACCUUGCACCGCACGCUUAGGCUGCCACGUCAUUGCCCUUGCACAGGCCGAAUCCACCCGUCCAAGACCAGAUCCGUGUCCUUGUGCGUGAUGCCGUAGGUGGUAUGGUUGCCGCGGGUAGAAAUGUUCAGCGUGAGCUCGUCCGAGUAGUGCCCCCCCUUCCACAAUCGGUCGUUGUACUGGUUCUGCUCGGCUACAUGGACCACCCAUAAGCCUUCCGUUUUCUCCAGCACGUCCACCACCACAGCCACAUGACCGACGUACUGGCCUGGCGUCGACUUGUACACGAGCAAGUCUCCCACGAUGGGUUUGUCUGUUCCAAAAUUGGGCAGCUUUUGCAGCGCGACGCGGCGGUGCGGGUUGUCGAGACUGCCGACGUGGGUCACGCGGGUCCAAAUAUGCGCUGCGUGUGGGAUGCUCGGCAGGUACAGCCUUCUGUUGAUGAUCCAGUACCGCCGCGCAUACUCAACACACUGCCACUUGGCACCUGUGUACAAGCCAUUGAGAUAAUGCGAUCCGUCGCUGUCGUCAUCGACCAUGUUGCGGUAGUUGCAGUUGUAUCCAUCAACGCCGUGGCAUGUGCCAAGGACAGUGCCGUGGGGAAGGCCUCGGGCUCCGAUACGCUUAGGAGCGCCUUGCGUGUCGCCCGGCCAUCGGCCAAAGAAUGUCGUCAUCUUCGAAGCUUUCUUGGAACUGACCUUUGCAGCCGGCCUUCGCUUUUUCGCGAUGGCGGAAGCCAUUAGUGUUCGAACGGGGCAGAAGUCCA